CAAAAGUGAACCGGGAAGAUCAGUUCGCGAACAGGGAACUCAAGAGUUGCUAGCUGGCCACUUUUGAGCCUCAGCUGAGCGCUCAUGAGCUGAUCAAGCUGGCAGUUGAUGGGCCAAGCGAGCCCAGCAACUCUCAAAAGGCUUUUGAGGCACAAACAGAAAAGUCACAGGAUUUGAGAAAGGCAGGGGUGGUCAGCUUGGCAUUCGCUCUGCAGGAGCAGCAUGCGUUUUGCAUCACGGGCGUGCAUGCUUCAGAGCUGGGCUUUUGCUCACAGUUGCGUUGCCCGCACGCUUGGCACGCCGCUUCUAGCACCAUCUGCGAGUUCCCGCACUUCUCAAGCUGCACAAUUUGGUACUUGGAGCCUCAAUUCUGGCGCAUCGAGCUUGCAAGUUUCUCUGAAAAGAGCGAGCUUCAGUUCAAUGAGCUCAGUUUGCGUAGCCUCAUCUUGCAGAGUUCUGCCUUCCUCCAGUCUUGGUCAGGGUGCUUCGAUUGGACACUCGGUCCCUUCAGUAUUCAAGCAUCUUAGCUGUGCUUUGACAAACAUGCCCCGCCGCAAAGCUGCGUCACUGCCAAAUGCGAGCCCCCUUCCGGGCGCAACUCUGGGGCAGCCUGUUGCUGCGAAGACUGUGCAUGUGAGCACGACCCUAGUCACUGAAGAGCAGACAGUACAUGCAAGUCCAGGGAGACGCAAGCUGGUAAUUGGGAAAGCCGGACGCUCUCCAAAGACGCCAACAGCUAUGACUCCUUCCUUAGGGGCCCUGGGGGGUGCUGCAGGAGUAACCCCUUCUGUAGGGGCUUUUGGGGGGGUGGCGCUUCCAGGAACUAAGAAAGGAGAGCAUGUGGUGAGUGCAAAGAAAGCGAGCAGGUCUACGGUUGUCGCGCAAAGCAUGAUGUCGUCUGAGGUCACAAUCAAGACGGGCGCGGGGGGGACGAGGACUGGGAAGAGGGCACGGAGCGCCAGGAGAAAUGUGCACAGCGCCGCGGUGAGGGAGCUCCUGCCGCAGGAGAAACUAGAGGAGGAUGAAGACUGCGGGCUCACGCAUGCGCAGGCGGAGUACCUGCGCGCGCAGAUUGAGAAGACGUUUGGGCCCGAUGAACCGGGGUUAAAGGGCAAGGGUUUAGGAGAUGAUUACCUGGAGGGGGGAAGAGAGGAGACUCCAAAGCCAAAGCCUAAGGCUAAGGCCAGGGUUUCGAAGAAGUCAGUUGCUUCUCCGGUGGGGGAGAUUGAAGAGCCGGUGAAAGCUAAGAAGGGGGCGAGAAAGGCGGCGCAGGCGGUAGAGGCCAGCGUUCCUGCUCUGGAGAGUGUCGAAAAUGAUGUUGCAACCAAAGUGGGGAAGAAGAAGAGAUCUAGGAAAGGCGCGGACUUAGAGGUGCCGGAGGAAACUAGUAAUGGGGGAAAGGUGAAGCGGGCCAGGAAGGACGCCCCCAACCGUGUGUGGAGGAAUGGGAACACCUUGAGCCCCUGGCGGUCCAUUCCUGCUGACGUCAGCAUCGAGGUCAGCGCUGAGGUCAGCGCCGUUGAGAUUGUGGAAGAUAAGGUAGAGGUUUUUGAACCCAAGGUGGCGAAAAAGAGGGGCGGAAAGAAGGCUGCGGUUGAAGGGGCUGAACAGAUCGCUUCCGCUGGGAACGAUGGUGAGAUGGAUGAGCUCCCAGUCAAGAAGCCAAGGAGGAGCAAGAAAGCAGUGGUGAAGCCUGAACUAGAGGAGGGAGAAGAUGGUGUGGUUGAUGAUGAAGAUGAACCGAUUGAAAAGCCAAACCGCAAGAGGAAGCCGAAGGCGGUCAAGGUGAAAGCGGAGGUUGAAGGGGAGGUCGACGAAGAGGAUGAAGCAAAGAAGGCUGCAGAAGAAGAAGAGAAGAAGGCGAUCCGGCAGGAGAAGGCGAGACUGAGGGCAGUGGCAAAGGCUGCUGCAAAUGAGGAGGCCUGGCUCGAGGAGGACCGGAAGGUCGAGGACGAGCGUCAGCAGUGGCUGAAGACUCUACCGCACGUCUCCUUCACAGACAGCUUGCGGACGCGCCUGGGGUAUGCGUGCAUCUGCACCGAGUUGCGCAUGCUGAAGCCUGCGAGCCGCAGCGUCUUCUGCUCGCGCCACCUUACGCUCAAGACGCUUUCGGAGAAGGGCUCUGCGGAGGCCAAGCUCCGGGCGCUGCAGAACUUGGCGGACCUGAAGACGAUCAUCGAGUGGAACGAGCGGCACGGCAUCCGCUUCUUCCGCAUGUCCUCCCAGAUCUUCCCGCACCUCGAGAACCCGCUGGUCACCGAGAAGGACCGGUACGACCUGUCGUUCGCCCGGGAAACGUUGAGAGAAGUUGGCGAUCUGGCUCGGAAGUACGGCCACCGGCUGACGUUCCACCCGAGCCACUUCAACCAGCUGGGGACGGUGCCCGGGAAAGUGCUGGACGGGACGGUCGCGGACCUGCAGAUGCACGCGGACAUUCUGGACGCCAUGGGCUGCGACCAGGAUUCCGUGCUGAUUGUGCACGGCGGCGGCGCAUACGGCGAUAAGGACGCCGCGCUCGAGCGCGUCCGGCAGAACGUCCGGCGGCUUCCGGACAGCAUCCGGCGCCGGCUGGUGUUUGAGAACGACGAGAAGGUGUACCACACAAACCUGCUGCUCCCGCUCUCCGAAGAGCUCCAGAUCCCCAUCUGCGUGGACUACUUCCACCACCAAUGCUACGGCGAGGACGAGUUCGACAUUUACGACCCGGCCCUCACGGCGCGCAUCAUGAAGGUCUGGCGUGACCGCGGCAUGAAGCCCAAGUGCCACAUCAGCGAGCAGGCGCCGGACGCUCCAGUGGGCGCCCACUCGGACGCUAUCGACGAGCUCCCGGAGAAGCUGCUGGCGAUCGCGCGGCAGUACGACAUGGACAUCAUGCUCGAGAGUAAGGACAAGGAGCAGUCGCUCGGGAAGCUGCUCGUGCGGUACUUCUCGCGGGGGGUGGAUGACGGCCGCCUCACGUACGCCCUUAAGUCUGACACUGCUUAGGAACAGAGUAAUCGAGGAAGUUUAGGCUGGAGCCCUCCGCUUUUCGGAGGUUCGGAAGUGUCAUCUUUUUGUUGUAAGGUAGGUAGGCCCGGAGAGUCUGGGGGCUUUGUUUGUUUAAAAUAGAAGUGGAGAUCAUAUGAAAUCGGAGGAGUUUUAGUCUGGGUAGUUGGAUUGGGAAGGCUUUCCCGUUGCUAAAAAACAUCAAGAAGCAAGCACGCGCACGCAUUAGCAAGUCUAGGUGUCCAUUCAGUGUGAAGAGACGGUUCGUUGCUUGCGCACGCAUAGUCUAAAUUGCAUCUAGCUUUCUUGUUCUUUCGCUCUGCUACAAACCAUACUGCUUGUAGCCGAGAUUAAGACAGUCGAUGACGCCACUCCAAUAAAACAGAGGGGAAAACAUUGGAUACAGGUCGGAGGUGUUCGAAGUAUGCGCUAUUUUGGGGACCUGACUCCGGUCGGGUCAUCGGACAUGUCAUGUCUGUACCCGCCGGCCAUAUAUGGUUUGUAGGGACCCGC